CCAUUUACCCCGGAUGGCAGGGUGGUCCCCAUCUUGCCCCUUGUUCGCCUUCUCUGUCUCUCCUUGCCAUCAAGCAUUAUCUUGCACCCUCUGAUCACAAGACAUCUUCUCCAGUCUCAUCACCAUUGAUAGUGUCGUCCACAAUGGCCUCCUCUACUGAACGAAUCUCCCAGCUUGCGGGUCACCUUGACCCCCGAACAUGGUCCGGCAAGGGCCUGGCAGCCGCCCAGGUCAAGAGUGACUCUGAUGUAGUCAUCGUUGCAAUGGGCCGGACUCCCUACUGCAAGGCCUUCAAAGGAGGGCUGAAGGACUGUCCUUUUGACAUCUUGUGCUACGAGACAUUCAAGGGAGUUCUCGGUCGUGCUGACAUGGACCCUUCCCUCAUCCAAGAGGUCUCCGUUGGAAACGUUCGCAAUGUAGACAACCACUACGACAUCCGAGCAGCUGCUCUCGCUGCUGGUAUCCCCAAUACUGCCCCCACUCAUGUCCUCAACCGCUUCUGUGCCAGUGGACUGCAGUCUUUGCGUACCAUUGCCAACCAGAUCCAGGUGGGAGAGAUCGAGUGCGGAAUGGCUCUAGGCGUAGAGAGCAUGAGCAACCACCCCAAGAGGGACUUCAACUUCUCCGAGGUCAUCAGGAACUCUCACCAAGAGGCAGCAGACUGCAUCAUGCCCAUGGGAUGGACAUCGGAGAAUGUGGCCAAGGAAUUCAAGAUUACCAGGGCCCAGAUGGACACCAUCGCUGCUCGCUCUCACAGCCGAGCUUUCAAGGCACAGAAGUCAGGCAAGUUCGCCGAGGAGAUCUUCCCCAUUACCGUACCGGAUGGAAAUGGCGGCUGGAAAGUCGUAGAGCAUGAUGACGGUAUCCGAGAGAACUCGACACCCGAGGGACUGUCCAAGAUUAAGCCAGCUUUCCCACAGUGGGAGCCUGCCCAGACCACUGGUGGCAAUGCCAGUCAAAUCACCGACGGAGGCGCCGCUAUGAUUCUCAUGAGACGAUCGCUGGCCAACAAGCUCGGCAAGAAGCCCCUGGCCAAGUAUGUCGGCAGUGCUGUCGCUGGUCUGCCUCCCCGCAUCAUGGGCAUCGGACCUACCAUUGCCAUUCCCAAAGUCCUCGAACUGACUGGGAUCAAGCCAGAGGAGGUGGACGUCUACGAGAUCAAUGAGGCCUUUGCAUCCAUGCUCGUCUACUGCCAGCAGAAGCUCGAGAUUCCAGACGAGAAGCUCAACCCCCAGGGAGGAGCUAUUGCUCUGGGCCACCCUCUUGGAAGCUCAGCCCUGCGACUUUCGAUUACUGCCCUCACUCAGCUUGCGAGGGCAGAAAAGAAGGGAGGAGUGGCAUGUGCCGCGGCUUGUAUCGGACUCGGCAUGGGCCAGGCGGGUAUCUUCAUCUCGGAGUAGAGGCGAGGCUGUGUACCUGACUGGAGGCCACACUGUUCCCUCACGCGUCCCCACUUGUCCCCAAUGUAUUCCGACUCUUUCUUCGUGAUCUGUUCCAUAGUCUUGAACCAAAAUGAAUUUCCUCCUUGGCACUGUGUAGCUCCUGUCGUUACCAUGGCCGAGCAGCGUCGUGAGGUCACAGUAGUACGCCUUUCCUGACUGCACUCGG